AUGGCUUUAUCCGCACCUGAGUCGGCCAUAACAUUUUAUGACAUCGCCCUCGCAUCGCCAGUAAUAGAAAACGCAGCCUCUCCCAACCCUUGGAAGUCCAGAUACGCUCUCAACUUCAAGAAAAUUCCUUAUAAGACGAAUUGGAUUCCUCUGCCUGAUAUAAGCACUGUCAGGACCUCACUUAACAUCCCAGCGUCACGUACCUUCGCCGAUGGGUCUCCAUAUCACACUCUCCCUAUGCUAUCUGACCCAGCUACGGGCAAAGUUAUAGGAGAUUCCCUUGAGAUCGCCGUGUAUCUUCAGCGCCAGCACCCCUCGUCUGGAGGAGACCUGUUCCCAGAGCAAGACCUGUCUUUCACCUAUGGAGAAGGCCCAGUGCUGUUCGCGCCCAUCGCGGAGUCGAAGGUGGAAAAGGCCAUAGAGGCAUACGUUAAAUUCAACACCAGUGUCGACGCUGCGUUUACCGCACAUGUGCCGCUCAUGGUACACGGACUACCUUUUGAUCCAGCCACGGCCGAACAGUCAAAGGCUGAAUUCUCACGGAGAGCAGGAAUCCCAUGGGAGGACUUGUCGGUUAAGGGGGAGCAGAGAGGCGAAAUGCUCAAGUCGUAUGAGCAGGCCCUCUCUGGACUAGCGGAGCUGUACAAGAGAGACAUAACUGGGCCGUUUCUGUUGGGCAACAUACCGUCCUAUGCGGAUUUCAUCGUCGGAGGAUGGCUGAGAAUGAGCCAAGUCACCCUCCCCAGGGAAGAAUGGGAGGCUUUGAAGAGCUGGCACGACGGGAUCUUUGGACAACUUCACCAAGCGCUUGAGGCGUAUGCCCAGAUGGACUAG